UGAUAGUGCGAGCGUCCUACGCUCGUGUGCCAGGUCAAGUUCAUUAAAGUGACCAUAAAUCGGGAAGCCUGUACUAACAUUAGUAAAUUGACGGGCGGGCAUCAGCAACCCGUAGCAGCGGUAAAAGCCGCUUUGGGACGGAUAGCCGGUGCUAUGGCCGGCUUAGGAAAGUCUAAGUUCACCACCAGGCGGUUUAGUAUCACCACCAUCGCCAUAUGUGUGGUGACGCUCAUACUGCUGGUAGUGAACACAAGUGUUAGUGGUGCACGACAGCCCCAAAAAUUGUCUUCUCGGGAUGUCUUCACGAAUUCAUUUUUGGUUCGACUUCGUAGGUCCGCGGACAAACCGGAAGACAUCGCACGCAAGCUCGGCUUCCACUACAUGGGCAAGGUCGUAGGUGAGCCGGACGGGCAUCACUUCCAGCACCGCGGACUGCCGCACUCGCGCCCCCGCGGCUCCCUCGCCCACACCCGCCAGCUCAAGGCGGACCCCAUGAUCACACAUGCGGUGCAGCAGUUGGGCUUCAGGCGGGUGAAGCGCGGCUACUUGCCGCUGCGGGUUGAGAACCUCGUGCCACCCGAGUCGUUCAAGUCUAGGACCUUGCCCACAGACCCCGACUUCAAGCACCAGUGGUAUUUGCGCAACGUUGGUCAGAACGGCGGCAAACGACACCUCGAUCUCAACGUGGAGGCCGCGUGGGCGCUCGGGUACACGGGCAAGAAUGUCACAACCGCCAUCAUGGAUGACGGUGUCGACUACAUGCACGAGGAUCUGAAAAGAAACUAUAACGGACGAGCAAGUUGGGACUUCAGCAGCAACGACCCGUUCCCGUAUCCACGCUACACCGACGACUGGUUCAACAGCACGACCGAUCAUGGCCUGGCUUUUGAAGCGUGCUCAUUAUCAACUAUCCGAUUUACGACUUACGACAGCCUAGUGGCGGGUAUUCGCAUGCUAGACCAGCCCUACAUGACGGACCUGAUUGAGGCCAACAGCAUGGGCCAUGAGCCCAACCUGAUCGACAUUUACAGCGCCUCGUGGGGCCCGACGGACGACGGCAAGACGGUGGACGGGCCGCGCAACGCUACCAUGAAGGCCAUCGUGCGCGGCGUCAACGAGGGCCGUAACGGUCUAGGCAACAUCUACGUAUGGGCAUCAGGCGAUGGCGGCGCUGACGACGACUGUAACUGUGACGGGUACGCAGCGAGCAUGUGGACCAUCAGCAUCAACAGCGCCAUCAACGACGGCUCCAACGCCCAUUACGACGAGAGCUGCUCAUCCACACUCGCCUCCACCUUCAGCAACGGCGCCAAGGACCCCAGCACCGGCGUGGCGACCACGGACCUCUACAACCAGUGUACUCUCACCCACUCCGGCACCUCGGCCGCGGCUCCGGAAGCGGCCGGAGUUUUCGCUCUCGCUAUCGAGGCCAAUCCUCGGCUGACAUGGCGCGACAUGCAACAUCUGACGGUGCUGACGUCGAAGCGCAACUCGCUUUUCGACGUGAAACGGCGCUUCUCGUGGCAGAUGAACGGCGUGGGCUUGGAGUACAAUCACCUGUUCGGCUUUGGAGUCCUGGACGCCGGCGCCAUGGUGGCUCUGGCCAAAAAUUGGGAGACCGUCCCGCCUCGCUACCACUGCCAUGGAGGCGUGUACACUGAGCACACUUUGGUGCACAGGUCGAUGAUUUUAAGCAAGCGUCCCAAUGACGACGACAGCACAGACGGCUUCACGAAAUGGCCUUUCAUGACUACUCACACCUGGGCCGAGAACCCCAAGGGCACCUGGAAGCUUGAGGUUCACCUCAACUCUGGAGGUCGUCAGGAGGAGGCCGUGGUGAAGGAGUGGACAUUGAUGCUGCAUGGCACUCGAGAUGCCCCAUACACGCACCUACCUGCUCCUGAUCCACAUUCUAAGCUGGCCAUCGUUAAAAAAGCACACGAGAACAAGAAGAGAAUGUGAAUAUAUUAAUGAUAAUUAUACGUUCAAAGGAAAUAAAUCGGUGUCACCAUGGACUUACGUUGGGGAACUUUGAUUAAAUGCAAGUGGCCUUGGCCGUUUGCAAAUGACGUGAAAUAGGGAGGGAUAGAACAACAUCGGUUAAUGAAAAAAUAUAGGCAGUGAAACCUCAACAGCUCCAUAGAAAAAACUUGAAAAUUUAAUUACAUUGCGUUGUUGGGAGAUAUUUGAUGUAUGAUUUAUUGAAGCGGAAAGCGACAAUUUUUGAUGUUCCUUUCAGUUGUCUAAUAAUUUGGGCAACUAAAAUCGCAUGAUACUCGGAAGAGAGAUAGAUUCAUUUUUUUGUUAUCAUCGUCAGAAUAGUACACUCCGAAGAGGCAGUUGACUUGAUACAGAAUGAUACUUUUACUUUAUUAGACACUUAUUCAUAUUGCUUAGUGGGAAACAUUGCGUAAGAAUAAAGCCCAAGGAAAUAACACGAGAAUGUGAUCAUAGCUUUUAGUGCGUUGUUUUGGCAAAUGGAAGGAGACGGGGAGAAAAAGCCGAUGAAUAAGAAUAAGUGUUCGUUAUGUGAUGAUAGUUGGUGGCUGUGGCAGAAAGUCCCUAUGAAUAGAAGGUUGAUGUGGAGUAUUGAUCUUGAUCUCAGCUACGCCGUUUUCAGUCAGUAUUAGAAAGGACGGGUGUGUUUCAUCUAAUGAAAUCUAUGAAGUAAUUAUGUCUCAAUGACAAUGAAUGCACGAAAUAGCGAUAAAGUUGAGCAGCGGUAAAAUGUGAAUGAAAGAUCUUGAUCUGAAAUUAGCCAGGCAAAAGUACCACGUAAUUAGAUCGGUUUCAUCAACAAGAAAUAAUGGUAGGAGAGUUUCAGAUAAACGUUUUGGGCACCUAUAUAUAUACGAGUAGAAGCCUGCCGAUAGUGAAGAGGUUUCUCAAUGUUUGCUUUUUAACCAAAAUGAACUUAUGUUACAUAUCUAGUUUAAAAUAAUUUAUUUUGAUCAAAAUGAGUAAGCA